AUGGCGAACAGUCCUGUCCAUCUCUUGAAGCGUAGCGAAGAGGGAUCAACUGACAACAGCAAUGAAUCGCUUCCAGAAGGUCAGAAAGUUGCCUUCGGCAUUUUGAUCCCUAUUCUUGUCAUUCUGUCUGGCAUUUUUGCCGGUCUAACGCUAGGUUAUAUGUCGUUAGACGAAACACAGCUUCAAGUGCUGAUGGCCCAAGGUAGCGAAAAGGAGCGUUGGUAUGCGCAAAGAAUUGCUCCUGUACGCAAAGAUGGGCAUUUGCUGCUUACCACCCUGCUCAUUGCCAAUAUGAUCACCAAUGAGACACUGCCAAUCAUCGCGGACCCAGUCCUGGGCGGUGGUAUCCAGGCAGUCAUUGUGUCCAUUGUCCUUGUGGUCAUUUUUGCUGAAUUGAUUCCGCAAAGUGUCUGCUCGCGCUAUGGUCUGUUUAUCGGUGCUCAUAUGGCGAUGUUUACGCGGGUGAUUAUGAUCAUCUUGUGGCCGGUAGCCUGGCCCGUUUCACGCGUGUUACACUAUGCGCUGGGUCCGCACCAUGGUACUAUGUAUCGCCGCGUGGAAUUGAAAGAGCUGGUUACGAUGCAUGCGGCUGCUGGUGGCAGAGGUGGUGACUUGAAGCACGACACUGUCACAAUUGUCGGCGGUGCUUUGGACAUGCAAGUAAAGGUGGCCAAGCAGGCUAUGACACCGAUUGAUCGUGUCCAUAUGCUUCCUAUUACAGCUCGCUUAGAUUAUCCCACACUUGAACGUAUCGUUCGAUCAGGACACUCGCGUAUACCUAUAUAUCAAGACAUUGAUGGUGAUAUGCAGGCCUCUGGCGUGUGGACGCCACGAAUCAAGUCUUCGGACACGUCUUCACACAGAACUCCAUCCCAGCCGGUGGCUCUUACUGAUUCGCCUACCAUGAUGGAUGGCAGUACGCACCCACUAACGAAUAAUCAAUCGAGUUUGUACACUGAACCUCCUCAAUCCAAAGUGCAUCGUAAAAUUAUUGGUGCGCUGCUUGUUAAGCAAUGCGUUCUUCUGGAUCCAGAAGAUGCCGUACCUGUCAGUGAACUCAUUAUCAACGCUUUGCCUACUGUACCUUGGGACGAGCCGCUGCUCAACGUACUCAAUGUAUUCCAAGAAGGACGCUCACAUAUGGCGAUUGUAUCGCCACAUUCGGCUCGAUCAACGAAACCAACCAUUCCCGCUACCCACAAUGUAUCCACAUCAGCCCAUGCCAAAGAAGAAGGAGCGGAGACGGAAGCCGAUCGUGAAAUGAAGCUUCGAAAAUUAUCUCGUGUUCAGCGUAUCUUGCAUCGCCUGCGUGAUUCGAGCGACCAGAACAAGACCGAUCCUGAAUCUGGCUUGAGCAAUAGUGGUACAUGGGCUUCGAAGCCCAUUCUGGAACAAAACUCGUCGCCAUCAGCUCCUAUGGGCAUUAUCACGUUGGAAGAUGUGCUAGAAGAGCUGAUUGGCGAGGAGAUUCUAGACGAGUACGAUUCCGAAAACGAGGAUGAUAUUGCCUCGGAUUGGGAUUGGGAAGGCAGUACUAAAUCGGACGAGCCUUCCACGACCACCAACACGAAGGAAGCCCGCUUGUCGGCAGAUACGGGCUCAGACGAUUUGGUUGUGCCUAUCGUCCUAGCCAAAUCGCCUAAAGCUGCCUUGUCUUCCAUGCCGACAGGGACCACGGCCGGCCUGAGCUUACCUCCGCCUGCAGUGCCAACGACGUCCUCCGAGCAAUGA